GACAGAAAGAGCGGUGUCCCCUUUAGAACAGCCGUGGCAUCCGCAUCCCAUGAACAGCUGCGUAAUCCAUAUCUUGGAACAGCCAAGGAGCCCACUUUCCGGAACAAUAGUUGGAUUUCAAAGGCGCUUUCGCAGCUAUUCUGGGGUGGAUACUUGUUGGCGGAUUCGGAGUGAGGGGGGCGAGGGGUCUUUCGCCCUUAUGGGCUCAGACAGCAGCUGUUUUACUAUAGAAAACUGGUUUUAUCGGUUUUAG